AUGGCUUUUGGCAAUGGCAAUGCUAGUAUUCAUGUAUCAGAUAGUGAAACAGAACCACUGGAAAAUUUUGGUGACAUUGGUGAGACAGUAGGCGCAUUAGGAAGCAAAAAAAGUGAUAAAGAAGCUGGCAAACCUUUUUUAGAAGAAGUGACUAUGGUUGGUUCAGGUACUAGUAAGAAUGCUGGAGGAUCAAAGCAAUGGAUUUGUAACCAUUGCAAAGUGAAAUAUACAAGUUCAUACACUAGGAUUCAUACACAUUUCUUUGGUGCUCAAGUUGGGAAGACGGCAGAAAUUAGAAGAUGUCCAGCUAUGAUUAAAGAUCCUUCCAAGCUACAACGAAUUUCGAACAAGGUGAAAGAAGCCGAGAGCGGAGGUGUAUCAAGAACUUUAAAAAAUUCAAUCAUUUCAAAAAAUUCAGCAUCAAAAAGACGACUUGAGGAAGCUUUUGGUGUCAUGGAGCGGAAUAUAGUGGACAUCAAAAUCAUGAGAGGCUUGUGUGCUAAUGGUAUCCCAUUCAAUGUCUUGCGGAAUCCUCAAUUCAUUGAGAUGAUACAAGCCAUCAAGAAGUCACCAGAUGGAUAUAAACCUCCAUCUAGUGAAAAAGCAAGAACCGUCUUGCUAGAUGAGUGUGUGAGAGAUAUUGAUAAAGAACUAAUACUGGUAAAAGACACUUGGUACACUCAAGGUGUUUCGAUUAUUUCGGAUGGAUGGUCUAAUGUCAAACACAAGCCACUUCUCAAUGUUGUUGCCGUCAAUGCUCGUGGUGCGGUGUUUAUGUAUGCGGAAGAUUAUUCGGGGGUUGAGAAAACGGGAGUGGCGAUUUCCAAGUUUCUAAGAGGAGCAAUUGAAGUUGUUGGUCCAAGUAAUGUCUUACAAGUGGUGACGGACAACGCGGCUAAUUGCAAAGCUGCCGGACGCGAGAUCGAAAAGGUAUUCAAACAUAUCUUUUGGUCACCUUGUUGUGUUCAUAGUUUAAACUUGAUUUUUAAAGGUAUGGCACAAGAAUUUUAUUGGAUGAGUGAUACCUAUAAGAGAGGAAAAGCAAUUGUGAAAUACUUUAUUAACCACACUCAUGCCUUGUCGAUGUUUCGUGAAAAUUCAAAACUAGAUUUACUAAAGGUGGCUAGAACUCGGUUUGCUUCACACUAUAUUCUUUUAAAAAGAAUUAUGGAGUGUAGGGAGGCUCUUGCCACAACUAUAGUCCUUAAUUCUUGGAGAGAUUGGGUUAAAUGUGGGGAUGAAAAUACGAGAAUUAAUGGGGCAAACGUAUGCGAUACAAUUAAAGAUGAUUCGUUUUGGGAUGAUGUUGAAAGCAUUUUGGCUAUCACUAAACCCAUCUUUCUUCUUAUAAAGUUUUGUGAUGGUGAAGGCCCUAAAAUGGGUGAGAUUUAUGAGAGGAUGGAUAACAUGAUGGGGGAAAUCAAAGACAUAAUGCAGAAAAGUACUUAUGCUAGCUAUUAUGAACAAGUGGAGAAGAUAAUUUUAACUAGGUGGGAGAAGAUGAGUAUCCACUACAUUGUUUGGGGUUUGCAUUAA